AUGGAUAGAGACUUGUUGAGGCAAUGUCUGACGUAUCACGGAAAGUCAUUGUUCAACAAAUUGAAAUGUGAACAGACGGAAAAUCCCGAUUUUCAAGCCGUGGUGACUGACCUGUGCAAGGCUGCAUAUGAUGGAUAUGACGAAGAACAGAGCAACCCCCUCGUGGAGCAGUUCAUAGCGAGGAAAGCUGACAUUCUUUUCAGUCCAUCAUGGAAGACUGCAACUCCCAAAGAGGAGGAGUAUGGAGAGGAGGAGGCUGCAGAGGCUUACGCUCUUAUGCCACCUCUGGAGUUAUUCAUGGAGGUGCCUUAUGAGGAGAGAAGGGCCAUGCUUUAUAGGGAUAUGGAGAGAGGCGACAUUGUGGUGGGAAGGAUCAACAAUAUUCGGGAAUAUGGCUUCUUUCUCACCCUGAUUUGCAUGGCAGGAGGGCUGAACAGAGACAUAGAAGACCUGGAGUUAUCGGCUCUUUGUCACAUUAAGGAAAUUCCUUCAACUGGCAGUCAUGAUGAUCCUUUGUCCUACUACCAAAUUGGGGACUUAAUAAGAGCUGGUGUGAAAGACAUCGACCGCUACCAGGAAAAAAUCACUGUAUCCCUUCUCCAAACAUCCAUAUCUCCCAGACCAGAGAGUAUCCAAUUGGGAGUAAUGACCAGGGAAGAGCUACCUGUACAAUACGAUCGUAGUGUUUGUGCAGCUAAUGACUCCAGUAAGACAUAUGAGCAUAUACUGAGGGGUUGCCAUGGCUACCACAACCCCUCUGUGGUGGACUACUUGCUGGUAAACGUUGGUGUCAGUGACAUCCAUCCUCCAUCAAUGAUGAGAGGGCUACAAAGUAAACUUUUUGUGAAAGAGGAUUUUGCAUCCGUCAUCCGGAAGCAGCAGUCUGCGUCGUGGGCCUUGAAGUGUGUCAAGGCAGGGGUAGCUCACUUCAAGCAGGGUCGUCACGUGGAAGCCAUGAAUGAGUACAACAAAGCAUUGGACAUUGACGCAAAUAACGUGGAAGCCUUGGUAGCUCGAGGAGCACUGUAUGCUAAUAAAGGAGUCAUCGUGAAGGCUAUAUCGGACUUUGAAUUGGCCUUGGAGACCUGUCCAGAUCAUCGCAAUGCCAAGAAGUACCUCUGCCAAACACUAGUUGAGAAAGGAAAACAACUUGAAGAACAAGAGAAACUUGUUACAGCGGAAGGAGUGUACAAAAGAGCUAUUUCUCUGGACGACACGAAUCCUGAGGCCCAGGAGGCUUUGAAAAAAAUUACAGAGACCAUACAGAAUUCGAUUCGCCUGCGGGAAGAAGCAAUGGCUAAAGAAGUGGAAGAGAAAGCUAAGAGCAGUCAAAGCAGUGCUGAGAAAUUGCGUAAGAUCUUAAAAGAGGAGAAGAGGAUGAAACGAAAACGAAAGAGAUCGACCUCUUCCUCGUCGUCCUCUUCCUCCAGUAAAUCUUCCAGCUCUUCGUCCUCAUCCUCUCGCAGGAGAUCCAAAAAAAAGAAAAAGCGAAAGAGGAAAUCAGGGCGAGAAAGCAAACGGCAUCGCAGGCUCUCAAAAGAGGGCAGCAGGAGGAGUGACGAGGGUAAGCGGGUGAAAAAAAGGAAGGAAGACGAGGAAGAGGAGCUGGAGUGGUACCCGGCUCCUCCCAAUACCUCUGCCACCUUUCUCAACCAGCAAGCAUGGGAGGGUUUUGGAGCGUUAGAUGAGGAGGAGGGUGGGACAAGCAGGAAGGGUAAAGAAGGUAACGGCCCAAGAAUAUGUCUGUAUUCUUUGUCAGAAAGCUCAGAGGAUGAAGAGAGUGGGUUGUCAUCACACAGACGAAGAGAAACAAAGGAUGGGGAAGGAAAGAGGAGGAAAAGCAAUAGUAUUAGUUCUGAUGAAAAAGAUAGAUUCAAAAGCGGGGAAAGUAGUCAGUGGAGCAGGGAAGAUAAAAGAAGUAGCAGCGGGCCCAAAAGAAGUAGCUUAGAUGAGCGGAAGCGCAAAGUAUCCUGCUCGUCAUCUGAGUCUGCCUUUUCCAGAAAAGAUUUUUCCAGGCGUAAUUCCUUUAGAGGCGAUGAAGAUGAAACACACAAAGAGAAGGACAUUAGUGCGGAAGAAGAGGAACCAGCUUGGAACAAUUCAAACACAGCCCAAGUCCAAGAUGAGCAGUGUGAGGAGAUAUCGGUACCAGAGGGACGGUCUAAAAAAGACCUUCCUGCAGACCUGUUGCACAUCUUUAACCAGAUUGCCAAAUUUCAGAAAGAGAAAGGGAUUACACCAAAAAAGUAG